GUUUUUUAACACAAUAAGCAUUUCACCAGUUGUAUUUUGAAUUGUAUUGCCAGUUUAAUACAGUGACUAAAUUAUAGAGAACUACUUUAUAAAUCUUUCUUCUUUUCAAGUAUUUUUGCAUUAGUUUCUUAUGUAGGCUAUUACUAGUUUUACGGUAUUGUAGCUCAUUUGGAUACCGUAUGUGACAAAUAAUGAUGUUCUGCUUUCCAGUGUGGAAAAAAAGCAUUCAAUCCGAUUCAUAUAGCGAAUCGGUUCGUUCGGACAAUUCGUUUUAGUGGUUCAAAAUAUUUAAAUCGAUAUGCCAGAAGUCCACAUUUAGGCGUAUCGACGUAAAUAUUUAUUUAAAUAUUGCUGUUUAUCAUUGUAUUUUCGAAUAUAAUGCAUACAGGAUCUCAGUGAACCUUUUCAGUGAUCUGUUGACUCACUUGAACUGUUUAAAAGUGUUUACCGAAGACUAUUUUACUUCAUUUUCUUUCUUUUUUUAAUUUUCUUUUUGUAUUUUUUUUGGAGGUGCAAGAUUAUUUAGUUAAGAAACUGUUUAGCACUUUAUUUUCGAAAAAGUCUCGUACAUUGUAAAAGUCCAGUGAUUUACAAAAUAAUGUGCGAAUCGGUUCGAAUGAACGGUUCGAAAGAACGACUCGUUCACGAUUCGAACAUCGCUAGUGGAUGGUGCGGCAGGAGCAGCAAAGAGAGCGCAGUCUCCAGGAGGGCUUCGGCAGACCGUUAAGCUGUUCACAUCAUCUUCAGACAUGGCAAAGGAAGGGACUGAGAUUGCUGAAGAGACCGAGCAAAUGAUGGACCAGAAGGAGCCGGAUAAUCCCGUUUGUGCGGUUAUAGAUUCAAAAGAAAUGCGGGCUGUGGUGCUGACGGGAUUUGGUGGUCUGAACAAACUCAAAGUCACCAAGAAACCAAUGCCAGAGCCUCAAGAAGGAGAAGUCAAAAUUCGCGUGAAAGCAUGUGGGCUGAACUUUCUUGAUCUAAUGGUGCGUCAAGGAAAUAUUGAUAAUCCUCCAAAAACGCCUCUUGUGCCUGGAUUUGAGUGUUCUGGGAUUGUAGAGUCUGUGGGAGAAAACACCAAAGGCUUUGAGAUAGGUGACAGAGUGAUGGCCUUUGUAAACUACAGUGCUUGGGCAGAGGUUGUGUGCACACCGUUGGAUUUCGUGCAUAAGAUCCCAGACGACAUGACGUUCCCAGAGGCGGCUGCCUUCUCUAUGAACUUUGUGGCUGCCUACAUGAUGCUGUUUGAAGUGGCCAAUCUCCGGGAGGGGAUGUCUGUAUUAGUUCACUCCGCAGGAGGUGCGGUGGGUCAAGCAGUCUCUCAACUUUGUUCUACUGUCCCGAACGUUACUGUGUUUGGGACCGCCUCACCCUUCAAACACGAAGCCAUAAAGCAUUCAGUCACUCAUCUGUUUGACAGAAACGUCGACUACGUUCCAGAAGUUAAGAAGAUAUCUCCAGAUGGAGUAGAUAUUGUACUGGACUGUUUGUGUGGAGAGAACACAGGAAAAGGCCUAACUCUGCUCAAGCCCAUGGGAACGUACAUCCUGUAUGGUUCAUCAAACAUGGUGACAGGAGAGACAAAAAGUUUCUUCAGUUUUGCUAAAUCUUGGUGGCAGGUUGAGAAGGUGAACCCCAUCAAACUCUAUGAGGAGAAUAAAGUCAUAGCUGGAUUCUCGCUCCUGAACCUCCUCUUCAAGCAGGGGGGGUGCAACCAAGUCAAGACAGCGGUGCAAAAACUUCUUUCCCUUUACGACCAAAAGAAGAUCAAGCCUGUUGUUGAUUCCUUAUGGGCGCUUGAGGAGGUGAAGGAAGCCAUGCAGAGAAUCCAUGACAGAGGAAACAUAGGGAAGCUGAUUUUGGACGUGGAAAAAUCUCCCACGCCUUUGAUGGCCAAUGACAGCACAGAGACCAGUGAGGCAGGUGAGGAAGAAGAGGAGCAAGAGGGAGACAAUGACAACAAAGAGCGAAUGCCCUUCAUUCAGUGAAGCCAGACUCAUCCAGAGACUAUCAUGAACCUGAGCUGAGCUCCGUGUCAUUGUGAAACGUAUGUGUGUGUUCUGUCUGUUUUUUGUGUGUAUCUUUGCCAGUUUUGGACAAAAAUACUCCAAAACAUUUAAGUGUGUUGUUAAGUGUUCGACUGAAGUGCCAUUCUUAGUGCGGUGUUGAAUUGUUGCAGUGUUUUAGACCAAAACGUUACUGUGCGAUUGCCUUUUCGUGAAAGCCUUUCGGAUGUUUUAUUUGGCCCCGUCAGUCAGUGGAUUGACAGAUGACUGCAGUCAAAGUCCAAAAUUAAUGCUUGCCAAGAGACAAAUGGAAGUCAAAAUUGGUUUUGGCAAGUAAAUUAAUUGCAGUUUAAUACACGGUGUAGGUCCAAUAUAAGUGACUUUAAGUCUUCAGAUGUCUUUUAAUGACUUUUACCUCGGUGGGCAAUUUACCAUCUAACGUUUAUCAAGGAAAAGGUUUUUUGUUUCUCUAGAACUCCAUGCGAUGGCGCAUAUGUGAAAUAUUCCUCACAAUAAAUAAUUAUUCACUACCAAAAAUGAAAAUUCUGUCAUUUAUUCACCCUCAUGUCACUCCAAACCUGUAUGACUUUUGCUUUUGCUGAUUUUUUGAAAAAUGUUGCUAUGGACGUCUGAUGAAGGCCUUGGCAGAAACAUCUCUGUUCUUGAAGAAAUAAAGUAUGUUUACUUCUUUAACUACUUUUCUUCUGAAGUUUCGAGCAUCUGCAUUUUAUUUUUGUCUAUUUUCAAGCAUGUUGGUAAUCAUUGACUUCUAUUGUAUAGACAAAACAAUCACUGAGACAUUUGAUGAAAGUGAGACACACGGAAGAAAGAAAGUCAUACAGGUUUGGAAUGACAUGAAGGUGAGUAAAUAAUAAAUCUAUAAGGAAAAAAAAGGAUUUUUACAAAAGCAUUUUUAUUCAAUAGAAAUAAUACUAUAAAUGAUCUCUAUUCAUUGUGCAGGUGUGGCAGGUUAAUUUUGGACACUGCUGCAGAUGCAUUUGUGUGUGUGUGUGUGGGAAAUGUUUCCUGACAGUUCUGGAGGUGAGUGUGAGACUGUAUUUAUGACUGAAACUGGUGAAGAAAGGCAAAGGCAUAAUUCAGCUGGAGCUUCUUGUUGUCCUGUAGGUGAUUGUUUGGGUCGCACAUUUUUAGUGUGGCGCUGUUUUUCUGCUCAGAGCAUCUGCGUUACUCUUGGUACAUCUCAGAUCACAUUAUUUAAGUCUUUGGAAGGACAUUUAAAUGAGUUGUCAUGAUCAGCUACUAUACGUAAUAUACCCCUACGGUAUUAUGCAUGCUUUUUAAAGAAAGAGCUCACCUCAAAAUUCAAAUUCGUCAUCAUUUACUCACCCUCAUGUCAUUCCAGACCCGUAUGACUUUCUUUCUUCUAUGGAACAGAAAUGGAGAUAUUUCGCUGAUUGUUCAUGCCGCUCUUUUCCAUACAGUGGCCCAGGGGGUGAGUAAACCAUGACACAGGUGCUUUUGUUUUGGAUGAACUAUCUCAGUAAAUCACCAGUAAACGAUCUGAUGUUAAUGUCAAAGCCAAGCAUCAUCUUUUUAAUUUCAAACUAGUAACCUACAACAAAAAAAUAAUUCUUAGUGCCUUUUGUCACAUAUCUGCACUGAGGACCAGAAGGCUUGUCAGUGUUUGUUUUUGUUUCUGUUUUUCAUAGAGAAUAGACACUUUAAUGUCAAAUAUGUUAAGCGACUUCAAAUCUUUUCUGCUUGCAUAUACCUCAGAAAUGAAAAUUGUGGCUGUGUUCUCAAGUUGUAUUAGUUGUGUGUAUAUGUGAAGGUAUGUUUCAUCUCCUCUUAAAUUAUUAAUUAGCUGGCUUUAUAGAGAAUAUAUAUAAAAACAAUCAGUCUGAUAGUAAUUGAUCAUGACUUGUGCUCAUCAUUGUUCCUCCUUUUUGAGUUGUUUCUUUACAUUAAAAGAAUAGUUCACCAAAAAAUGAAAAUUUGCUUAUAACUUACCCUCCAAGAUGUAGAGGAGUUUAUUUCUUCAUCAGAACAGAUUUGGAGCAAUUUAGCUUUACAUCUCUU